CUGUCGCCGUGCCCGUGCGGGGCGCUCCCCGGCUCGGCGCCCCCUGUGCCAGCGGGCACCGCCCCCGCGCGGCGAGCUUCCCCGGGCAGUGCCCUGGCACCGCCUGCGCCCGCAGGCUCGGCGCGGGGCACACGGGCUUCAGCGGCGCCGCCGCCGCCCUGUCUGCCCCCCCGGCCCGUGCCCUGCGGGGGCGGGGCUGCCGCGGGCUGGGCCGCGAGGAGCCGCCCCGCCCCGUCUAACUGCCGCGGGCGGCGGGGCCGGGCCCGGGCAGACGGGCCAUGGCGGGGCCGAGCCGGCGGCUGCUGCUGGCAGCCGCUGUCCUGGGCUCCUGCCUGCAGCCGGCGCCGGCCCAGAGCCACAUCGCCCUCACCCCUGACCCGCCGCCAGCCCCGCAGGUCGGGGGCGCCGUGACCUUGGCCCUGCAGCCACCGCAGAGCCUUGCGGUCUGCACCUGGUACCGCGCGGCUGAGAGCGUAUCAUCCGCCGAGAUCUUGACCUACGUCCAGGACAAGGGCCAGAGAAACGGCCCCAGCUACACGGGGCGCGAGACGGGGCGGCCUGACUGCUCCCUGCACAUCACGGGGUUAAUGCUGAAUGACUCCAGCCCCUAUUUUCUGUGGAUGCCCACGACAGGCUCCAAGAUCACGGUGACCUUGGCAGUGUAUGGGAUGCUGUCGCAGCCCAAGGUGACGCUCCCCAACCCCAUGGUGGUGGAGAACAGGACCCUCAAGCUCACGUGCGAGGCUCCCUCCAGAACUGAGACGCUGCUGUGGGACCACGAUGGCUAUGUGGUGGUGCCCGGCGGUCGCGUGGGGCUGUCCCCAGGGAACCGGACUCUGACGGUGCAGGGGGUCUGCCGGGACGAUGCUGGUAAUUACACUUGUGAGGUCAGAAACCCUGUCAGCCACAACCGCAGCCACCCUGUCACCGUUACGGUCGCCUACGGGCCGGAUGCUGCCACCGUCGCCCCACCAGGGCCCCUGGACCGGGCUGUGGGCUCUGCACUGGGGCUGAUGUGUGAGGCCGGCUCUGUGCCAGCCCCGCGGUAUGGGUGGUUUCAUAACGACACUGAGCUGUCUGGCGCGGGGGAGACAUUGAACUUGACCGAGCUGGGCUGGGGCCAGCAGGGCACGUACCGCUGCGUGGUGCACAACCCCGUCACUGGGCUCACAGCAGCCAGCCGCCCCCUGGACCUGCGGCUCUGGGAGAUGCUGUUGCAGCCCAAGGUGAUAUCCUCCAACUUCACGGUGGUGGAGAACAGGACCCUGAAUCUCACGUGCGAAGCCCCCCCCAGCACUGAGACGCUGCUGUGGGACCGCGACGGCUCUGUCCUUGUGCCCGGCGGCCGUGUGGAGCUGUCCACAGGGAACCGGACCCUGACGGUGCCGGGGGUCGGCCGGGACGACGCUGGUAAUUACACUUGUGAGGUCAGGAACCCCAUCAACACAGUGCGGAGCAAGGGGGUCAUUGUGACCGUGAUCUAUGGUCCAGUUGCUGCUCAUAUCACCCUGACGGGGCCCCUGCACCCGCUGCUUGGUGACAACGUGACCCUGACGUGUGCGGCCGACUCGUUCCCAGCCCCGCAGUUCCACUGGUCCCACAAUGGCUCUGAUCUGGUCCCAGCCCUGACCAGUGCUGUCCUGAGCUUGGUGCUGAGGGGCGCGGAGCAGACGGGUGUGUUCGAGUGCCACGCCACCAACCCCCACACGGGCCGCAGAGCCACCACCUCUGUCUCCAUCGGCCUGGGGCCGGGGCUGGGGCAGCAGGCAGGAAGUCUGUCAGGCGGCACCAUCGCUGGCAUCAUCAUCGGGACGCUGGUGGGGUUGGGGCUGCUUGUUUUUGUCUUCUACUACUUCUGGGGCCAGAGCAAAAGGCACAGCAAGAAACCGGUGCAAACCGGAUCCAGGACACCUGUGGCCCCCCAUGGGCCCGACGUCACCCGCAGCGGUCCCCUCAAGCAGGAGGAGGAGGUGAGCUACAGCUCCGUCGCUUUCCGGGCGGGAGGGCUGCAGACGCCGCGGCCCCAAGGCCCCGCCAAGGCCGACACCACUGUCUACGCCGAGGUCAAGAAGAAUUCCCGGGGAUGUUGCAACCCGGACAGGGAAGUGCCCGCGCAGCCGGGAGGGGUGGUGGGGCUGGGCCGCCUCGAGGGGUCCCUCCAGCCGCCGGCCAUGGGGACGCGCCCCUGGGGGGGGAUCCUCCUGGCAGCUGCUGUCCUGGGCUCCUGCCUGUUGCUGGUGCUGGCCCAGACCCACAUCACUGUGACCCCUGACCCCCCGCCGGCCACAGUGGUGGGGGGAGCUGUGACCUUGACCCCGCAGCCACCUCCGCAGCCGAGCCUUGUGGCCUGCACCUGGUACCGUGCAGGUGAAUUUGAGAUCUUCACACACCGGCCUGAGGGUGGCGCCACCCUGAGCCACGGGCCCGGGUACACGCGGCGUGAGACGGGGGGCCCUGGCUGCUCCCUGCGCCUGGGGGGGCUGCGGCCCAGUGACUCCGGUCCUUACACCGUGCUGCUCGGGAUGCCCGGGAAUGGCCACUCCAUCUCGGUCCACCUGGCUGUGCUUGAGCCCCUGGACCCCCCGGCAGUGACGUUCAGUAGUGACACAAUGCUGGAGAACAAGACUCUGGAGCUGACGUGCGAGGCCCCCGAGGGCGCCGAGACCCUGCGCUGGCUCCACAGCGACUCCAUCCUGGUGCCUGGCAGCCGUGUGCGGCUGUCCCCCAGGAACCGGACACUGCAACUUCGCCAGGUUAGCCGUGGUGAUGCUGGAGACUAUCAGUGUGAGGUGCAGAAAGGCAUCAGCCACAUUCGGAGCAGAGCUGUUACCAUCACUGUCAUCUAUGGUCCGGAGAUUGUCCACAUCAUCCCACAGGGGCCUCUGGCCCUGCCCGCUGGUGAGAAAGUGAACCUGACAUGCAUGGCUGACUCAGUCCCAGCCCCGCAGUUCACCUGGUCCCACACCUCUCACAUGGUCCCGGCACAGACCAGCACCAGCACUGGUGCUGUCCUGAGCUUGGUGCUCAUGGGCAUGGAGCAGACGGGUAUCUACAAGUGCUGUGCCACCAACCCCCGCACCGGCUUCAUCGCCACCACCUCCAUUUCCAUCACCCUGGGUUCAGGGCAGGGGGGUCCAAGUCUUGUGGCUGGAGUCGUGGCUGGGGUUGCGCUAGCGGCCGUGGCACUGGGAGGCACUCUGGCCUAUGUCCUCUUCCGACACUGUCGGAGGAAGACCCCGCGGGACAGCAAGGAGCCUCCCCAAGUGUAUGAGAACCUGCCCUCCCCGGCCUGUAUGGGGGCAGUGGCCCAGCCCGGGAGCUCCCUCGACCCCACCUACCAGACGUUGCAGCUCGGAGCCGGGGACCUGUAUCAGGAGCUCUGGACCUGAGCAAUGUCCCUCCCUAGCCCGGUGCAUGCUGGGGCAAGUGCCAAAUGUACUACCCUGUAACCAAAUAAAGCCUGGCUGGUUUGCUGCCUC